AUGGGCUGGCCGUACGAUAUUGAGACGAUGAACAACUACAAACUCACGGGCGAGAGCGAUCCAGUGGAAGUUUUCCAAGUGGUCGUUGAGAUUACUGGGGACGAUCAAGCCAUUUGGGCAGCAACCGUCAGCAAGUAUCGUAACAACGCCCUGCAAGAGUUUCGAUCAACCAAUGCAGACAAUCUUGGGGUCGAUCAGUCCCUGACAGUGACCGGACUGCCACGAGACUUGGUAAUCACUCGAAGAUCGGCUUCAGAUGGAGACAGAAUUGAUUUUGUAUACGGCGACCCGGCACGAGAGCUUGCCGGCUUUGCGUUCAAUAGCGACGACACCGGAUUCAGUCCUCAGUUCGACAAAGAGGCAGACGAGGUGUCGAGUAUGGAGCAACAUCUGGACAGAUCAGAAGAAGAAGGGACGGGUCUUCCUGGACCUGGGCUGUCCUAUUGUUUAUUCUUGUUGGCCUUGCGCAAAACCGAGCUUGGCCAUGGAAGAAAGAGAAUUCGAGACUAA